AUGGAGGAGCUGAUAACAACGUUCCCGCCGGCGAUGUACGCCAGAUUCCGGGACGCUUUCCGGAGUAAGAUGGCUCAGUAUCCUUUGGCAGAAGUUCCAGCGGUGUUUAACAACAGCGGCGCCAGCGCCGGCGUCGUCUUGGACACCUGCUAUGAUCUCAGCAGCAAGGUUGAAGGUCCGAUCAUUCACAUUCUCAGCGUUUCCUUCAUCUUCUCUGGUGGAAAAUCCGGUAAAGAAGAAAUUGUAAAAUUGCAACCCAACCAAGUGUUAAUCGUUUCGGAUGUUCUUCGGAAUUGUGAGUCUGGGUCAUUCUACACCUCUGUCCCACUCAAGGGAGUUAUUGUCCAUGGCAAAUUCGUGGGAGGUCAUGAUGGGAUUACCAUGGAAAUGGGUUCAAAGGGGUUCAUGGAUUCUGGCCAAGCUCGAUUCGGAGACGCCAUUCACGACGUUCCCGCCGGCGAUGUACGCUAA